UGUUAUUUACUGCUACAACUGGGGCCGGCCAGAAUUUUGUGUUCGUAACAGGCUGGCAUUGUGCACCUCCAGGCUUGUCGACUACGUGUUCCUAAUGACGUACGACUACCGAUCGACACACCUCGACCUGACAGACGUACACAGCCAGCUGUACUGGAGAUCCUUUGACUCGCCGGCAACGCAGAAAGAAAACACGGAGGACUGCACUGGCUCUUGGGUUGACGUUGGGGUCCCCAAGUACAAACUGGUCCUUGGAAUGAGCGCCUUCGGCAAGACGUUUACCCUGGCUGAUCCAAAGGAGAAAGCCAUACUUAGUAUCGCGUACAAGAACCAUCCCAAAGGACUUCCCGGUGAAAUCACGAGACGGAAGGGUAUGCUGGCGUACUUUGAGAUUUGCAGGUACCUCAAUUAUAGGGGCUUUACACGAGAGUGGAAUGCUGCCAGCCAGACACCUUUUGCGUACUGCUCGGAUCAGUGGAUAGGUUAUGACGACGUCGACAGUAUCCGCAAAAAGGUUUCUUUUACCAAGGAGAACAAGCUGGGUGGUGUAUUCCUGUGGUCUCUAGACUUGGACGACUACUGCGGCGAUUGCAGCGGCAGCGAUUUCCCCAUUACAAGAGUGAUCAAUACCACCAUCGGCGACUACGAAGUCCCCACCGACAUAAUACCCGAAGGUUGCGUUGUUCGGCAGGGAUCUUGAAUAGAACACAAAAGACAGGAGGACCUUCCGGAGCGAAAAAAAGAAGAGCGUUUCACGCAUUAUAUUUCCGCGGACUUUUUUCCACUAAGCGUAACACUUGUCAGAUAAUAAACUCUACGAAACAAAAUAUG